AACAUCACCGUGUACAACGUGAACAACGAGAAGUUCCACGUUGCCAUGGACAACUCGAGGGGUUUGGUAGUAUACAAGAUGGAAAUGAAUGACAAGUUUGCUUGUCACUUGACUCCAAUGAACAAAUCUGAAGAGACCGACAGCAAGGACGUGGCCAACGCUUUGGAACAACCGAACACCGUCGAAAAUACGACAUCAGAUGAAGAUAAUGAACAAAAGCAAUUCGUUGCCAACACCUCCCCGAUUAAGGACAAGUCUUUCCUAAGUCCCAGGAUGAAGGAAUUCUGCAGGAAUCUGGAGGCAUACUGGCUCACUCAGAAGGACGGCAACACUAUAGCCAGCACCCAUACCCCGGCAGGAAGUAAACGCCAGAAGCGAGCUUGCUCCUGGAUACCUUACAGGUGUCCGUGUAGAAUAGGCACAUGCAUAAGGUUCAGGAUCGGUUCUCGGUGGCAUUGCCGUUAUAGGUACAUAUACAUUGUAAGACCCUGUAGGAGGUACAUAUGCUCUGGUAAAUAAACGCUGCUGCUAAAUAUAUGUUUAACACAAAUAUUUUUGCAAAGUGUGAUUAGUCAACUUUAAAAACUUCCCGCGACCAUGUCUAUCCCAGAAUAUUUCAGAACCAUAAAUUAAACAGGGUUAAUCCACUGUUACAUGGGUAUUCAUGAAAUGGGAGCCACAUGGUACCAGUACAGAGUGACGUUUCAGAAAAAUCCCCUCCAGAGUUCUUAAUCAGCCAAUCCCAGGUUUUUUUUCAAUAAUACCCAUGUGUGUAUUUUUUGGUGUGUUAACUGUCAUAACAACAAAUCAUUAUCCCAGCUAAUAGUAAGUUAUGCAUCAUUUAGUUAUUGUUCUAUUAGCAAUGACUCUAUUACUAUUUGUUUGUAUUCAAAUAGAUUAAGCAAUAAUUGACUUUUUGGUGAAAUGUUUUUUUAAAUAAAUUCCACGUGUGCAUUUUUAUAUGUUAACUGUAAUGACGGCAUCAUUAAAAUGAUUAUCCUAGGUUAUUGUUAGUUGAUUAUCCUAGGUUAUUGUUCUUUUAGUUGUGCUUCCUUUCCGUUGUUAUUUGCUUCGAAUUUGAA